GUAAAGCAUGCCGGUGGGUUCGUGAAGGCAACAGAAGAGCGGUUGGGUGCAGAGUUUUGUGAACAAGACAUUUUGUUCCAUCUGUAUAGUUGUGUGUCAUAUAUACAUUUAUAUUCAUUCACAUGAGAAAACUACAAUAGCUAUGUAUUUUCGUCAGCUUUUGCGGACAAGGUUCGUCGGGACCGGAACCGUUCACCUCAACCGUUUGCAGCGUGUUCGUGGAGUCGAGAGGCCACUGUGCACCAAGAGCGACGAGGUGAGGCUGGCGGUGGAGGCCAGCAGGAAGUACGGCUCCCCAGCCCCAACCAUCUUCUCCAGGGUGAUUGACAAAAGCCUCCCUGCGGAUAUCAUCUACGAAGACGAGAAGUGUUUGGCAUUCAGGGAUAUCACCCCUCAGGCCCCAGUUCAUUUCCUGGUCAUUCCAAGGAUCCCUAUUCCCAGAAUAAGCGAGGCCAAAGAUGAUGAUGCAGAGCUCUUAGGACAUUUGUUGGUUGUCGCCAAAAAUGUGGCCAAGAAAGAAUCUCUACACGAAGGAUACAGAGUGGUGAUCAACGAUGGAAAGCACGGUGCUCAGUCCGUUUACCACCUUCACAUCCACGUCCUGGGAGGAAGACAGAUGACGUGGCCCCCAGGAUAAUGGUGUCACCAUGUCUAUGCUAAUGUGUCCGUCAGCUAAGCUACUUUCACUUGUGGAACCCCAUGAGCGUCACAUGAUGUACAAUGGGUUUGGUUAAUCCAAAAUUGCAAAUUCUCAUUCCGUUUACUGAACGAAAAACAUCACUUCACCACCCAAAAUAUGAGAUGUAAAUAUGUGAAAUAUAUAUAUAUGAAAAAUUAGCAAUGAAGAGUAAAGACACAAUGUUUGAUACAACUGCAAAUAAAGAUUAUAUAUCUAAAAUUGAA